AUGGCGGAUCGGCUUACACAGCUGCAGGACGCGGUGAACUCGCUUGCAGACCAGUUUUGUAAUGCAAUUGGAGUGUUACAGCAGUGUGGUCCUCCUGCCUCUUUUAGUAAUAUUCAGACAACAAUUAACAAAGAUCAGCCAGCUAAUCCCACAGAAGAAUAUGCCCAGCUUUUUGCAGCACUGAUUGCACGAACAGCAAAAGACAUUGAUGUUUUGAUAGAUUCCUUGCCCAGUGAAGAAUCUACAGCUGCUUUACAGGCUGCUAGCUUGUAUAAGCUAGAAGAAGAAAACCACGAAGCGGCUACAUGUCUGGAGGAUGUUGUUUAUCGAGGGGACAUGCUUCUAAAGAUACAAAGUGCACUUGCUGAUAUUGCCCAGUCACAGCUGAAGACAAGAAGCGGUACCCAUAGCCAGUCUCUGCCAGACUCAUAGUACCAGCGUAUACCACAUGGCUGAGAAAAGAACUAUUUCAAUGGCAUUAAGAAUUCUGCAUCAGAUUUAGAUGUAAGCCUUACCAACAGUUACAGAAACAUUAAGCACUAUAACACAUUAUCUUUCUAGCUAUUUUUAAUAGUCUUCUAUUUUCACUCUUGAUAAAUAAGCUUGUAAGAUUGUGAUUGAACCAGCUUUAAACCAUCAUUAUACUAUCAUUUUUUAUUAUCCAAAUGAAAUUAUUGAGGCAGCUCUUACAUUAAUGGUCAUAAUUAAACAAAUUACCAUAAAA